UAUUAUUUAUUUUUCCCUUUUAUCUGUUCAUUAUUGCUGUUCAACUACGUUCUCAAAUCUCUCUACCCCUCUCACGAUCCGAACUCAAUUUUCUAAAAGCAGUUUAGCAUUUGUUGGAGUUUACUGUAUCAAUGGCGAACAAACCUCAGAUCCGCACUAACAGCUCUGCGAUCAUGGCCAUGAUCGCUGACGAGGACACAAUCACCGGGUUUUUGCUUGCUGGAGUUGGUAAUGUUGAUUUGAGGAGGAAAACUAACUACCUCAUUGUCGACUCAAAAACAACGGUGAAACAGAUUGAAGAGGCAUUCAAAGAAUUCACCUCAAGAGAAGACAUUGCAAUAGUGCUAAUCAGCCAAUAUGUUGCAAAUAUGAUAAGGUUUCUAGUGGACAGCUACAACAAACCAAUCCCAGCAAUAUUGGAGAUCCCUUCCAAGGACCAUCCUUAUGAUCCUGCACACGACUCUGUUCUUUCAAGAGUGAAGUACCUCUUCUCUGCCGAAUCAGUUGCCGGUGAUAGGCGUUGAAAUCUUUCCGUAAUUAUUUUUAUGUGUGACUGACUAUUUGUUGCCUCGUUCCUUGAUAUGAUCCCGUUUGUGUAUUUUUAAGAUGGCUAUUACUUUUAUUUCUUUUUUAUAUAUUUAUUGAAAGCGUUUUAAAUGAAGCUUUGCCUUUUGGCGUUUCGCAAAAACAAGAUAUUUUGAGCCGGUCUGUAAUUGGAAGAUGAGUGAUGGUAUGUGUAUCUUCAAUAAGGGCAAUGGAUAAUAUCUUAUUGACAUUAUUUUCAACUGCUUAGAUGCAUAUCGGCUGA